UGUAUGACCAAAGCAAUAGACAAACAAGUAAAAGAAAAGAGAAAAAAAAAGAAGAUUACUUAUGGCUUCCUCUAUGCUCUCCUCCGCCGCUGUGGCUACUUCACCGGCUCAAACAACCAUGGUUGCUCCAUUCACCGGCUUGAAGUCAUCCGCCACAUUCCCAGUUACUCGCAAGACCAACACUGACAUAACUUCCAUCGUAAGCAAUGGAGGAAGAGUUAACUGCAUGAAGGUGUGGCCACCAUUGGGAAAGAAGAAAUUUGAGACUCUCUCUUACCUUCCUGACCUUACUGACGUUGAAUUGGGUAAAGAAGUUGACUAUCUUCUCCGCAACAAGUGGAUUCCUUGCGUUGAAUUUGAGUUGGAGCAUGGAUUUGUAUACCGUGAGCACGGAAACACACCCGGAUAUUAUGAUGGACGUUACUGGACAAUGUGGAAGCUCCCCUUAUUCGGAUGCACUGACUCUGCUCAAGUGUUAAAAGAAGUUCAAGAGUGCAAGAACGAGUACCCUAACGCCUUCAUUAGAAUCAUUGGAUUCGAUAACAACCGUCAAGUCCAAUGCAUCAGUUUUAUUGCUUACAAGCCACCAAGCUUCACCGGUGCUUAAUUUCUUUUUCUAAAACAUUCAUAUAAAAAUUUGUACGCAUCUUCCUGUCUAUUGUCUGUCUUUUUUUCUAGUUGGAUUUACGUUUCAGAGACAUUUUCUAUCGGAUUGUCAAAUGUCUGAUUUAUAAAUAUGUAAUUUAUAAAUCGCUUAUUCUCUUUGGUUA